AUGAGUGAUGAUGAAAUAGAAAUUAUCAGAUCAGAAGAAGAAUUUUAAAGACAAAAUAAAUUAAUAGGAAGUCUAUAAAUGGAAAAUAAAGUAUUUCUAAUUCUGUGAUAAUCUAUAGAGACUUAAUUUAGUUGAGAAAUAAUUACAAAAAGAAGUAGAACAAUUGCAUUUAAAACUUAAGAAUAUUGAUUCAGAGAGGGUUAUGAAAUAAGUUGAGCUAACAAAUUGGAGUAAUACUUCUUUUUAAAGUAUUAGAAGCUUAAAUACAAAGUAAUUUUAAACGUUCAGAAAUGUUAAUUUUGCAAUAUGAGUUGUCUUAAAAAGAAGUAUAAAAGAAAGUAGAUAAACAGAGAACUUACAUCCUUUAACUUGAGCAGUAAUUGUAGGAAUAGAAAAAUACAAAAGAGAAAGAUAAAUAAAUCUAAGAGCUCAAAUAAUAAUCUCAUUCAUUAUCUUAAAAAAUUAUAGAGUAAGAGGAAAUUCAUAGAGUCAAUAUUGAAUAAAUGAAAGUUUAGUUAGAAGAAACUAAUAAACGAAUAGAAUUAGAACAAUCUAUUACAUAAUAAAUAAAAGAGUAAUUUUAAUUAAUGGAAAACAAUUAUAAACAAUAAAAAGAAGAAAUAUAGGUAUAAUUAUAUUUAUAUAAAGAUUUUAAUUUAUUAAAAUGGUACACUUAAAGAAGAAAAAGAUAAUCUUUAAUAAUAAUUAAAAUAAAUGUAACUAGAAAUUCAAAAUUUAUCAAUUUAAAUAGGUUUAACUGAAUCAGAGUAUUAAGAAACAUAGAAUAAAACUUAAAAAUUUAUUGAGGAGUUGCAUUAAUAAUAAUAAGAAAAAUUUAUUUCAUAAUAAAGAAAAAUUGAGGAUACAAAUAAUUAAAUUACUCAGAAAGUUUAAGAAUUAGAUGAAUUGAAGACAGAGAAAAAAGAAAUUGAAGAAAAAUUAAAUGAAUUUGAAGCGAAAAAGCUAUAUUUCAUAAAGAUUGAAGAAGAGAAUUAUAAGUUAAAAUAAAAACUAUAAAAUGAGGAAGAAAAUAUUAUAAAAUAAAAAAACAUCAUAUAAUAAUUAGAAUAAAAAGAAAGGAAAUAGCAAUUAGAGAUACAGAACUUAAAAAAAAUGAUUCUUCAACUUGACAAAAAAUAAAUAACAAAUAGUAUAGAAAAGCAAAGUUUUAUUUAGAUAUUAGGUGAUUUUUAGAGUUAAAUUGAUGAAUCAUGGAUUUAUAAGAAAAAUUAGGAUUAUUUAAUAUAAAGAUUGUAAAAGGAAUUACUUUAGUAAGAGAAAGAGAAAGAGAUUUUAUUUGAGACAAAUAAAAUUUUAUAAGAAUAAAUAAGAGAAGCAAAAAAUAGUAAUAUUGAAUUAAACAAUAUCAUAUAAAAUUGUGGUUAGAUGAAUAAUAAAAUAUAAGGUAAAGAAAGUUAAUCGAUGAAUUAUAAAAAGGAAGCUGAAUUAUAUAAGAAAUAGCUAAAUGAAAUAGAAAAUUGGAGCAAGACUAAGAUAAAUGAAUUAUAGCAAGCUUUAGAUGAGAUUUAUAAAUGUAAAUAAAUAUUUAAUAUUUUAAGAAAACAUAUAGAAAACUUUAUCAUUAUUUUAGAAGUUAAUUUGUAGUAAGGUGGAAUACAUAAAAGAGAAUAAGGAAGUAAUUGAUUAAUUAGAUAAUUUUUUAAUAAAUUUGGAAUAAGAGUUAUAAAAAAGAGACAUAAGAUUGAAACAUAAUUUUGAUGAUGAUUGA